CAAGACACAUCUCUGUCACCAGUGCUCAACUUCUUCCCGAUCCCCGUGAGCGACGAGUGUCUGUCAAGCGACGGCAGAAGAACCGGGAUCUGCUUAAAUACGUACGAGUGCCGGAUCCAGAACGGGAAGUCCUACGGACCGUGCGCUCUCGGCUUCGGUGUUUGCUGUGUCUUCACGGCCUCGUGCGGGGACGUCAUUGAGAACAAUGUCACCUACUUUGUGAGCCCUAACUUCCCCGCCAUCACGAGGGAGUCUAACUCCUGCGAGCUGGAAGUGAAGAAGGUCUCCCCCGAUGUGUCUCAGCUGCGUCUGGACUUCAUCCACUUUAGCAUGGGCCAGCCCAACAGGCGCACGGGCGUGUGCGAGUCGGACACGUUCGUGAUCGCGGCGGGCAGCAGCAGGCAGUUCAGCGUCUGCGGCCAGAACAGCGGACAGCACAUCUACUUCGACGUAGAGGACAUGACAGAGCCCAUCACCAUCAUGAUGAACAUGUCAAGGGAGCACACAUCUAGGCUCUGGGAAAUCAAG